CGAUUGGGGACGACCGCUAUCUCCAAUUCCACUCCGAGUCGGCCUCGCAUUUUGAAAAUGAAACUGGGCAUCAUAUACAGACGUCAAUCCCCUGCUAGUUGUUGUCUGCCAGCUGGGGUUCUGCGCUAUACACUGGCUUCGCCCAACGCCAGUUCUACAUGGCCUCACUGUUCACCAGGGUUGGGGACAGGGGGCUGGCCCUCUUGUCCUACCCCGUCUUUUGCAGAUCCCGAGUCCUGUGUCUCGGAAAGAUUGAUUGCAUUCUCGCUGACGCUGGGACCAUUCUGCUAUCGCAAAGCACUUCAUCAACACUUUUACCUGGGACUGAGGACCAUCACUUCUGGCGAUGUAGUAGAAGAGCGAUCCGAACAAUCCUCCGAAUCCACCAGGAGGUCAGAAACCAUGAUGUGAACUGGGCUCGGGGAGUCCUCGCGGACUGUCAAUCCGGAAAUUAGCAUCCAGACAGUACAUCCCCCAUACGCUCCACUUAGAUCCCUGUGGGAACCGUUGGAUUGGCACUUGCCACUCUGGAAGAUCCAGCGAUGCGAAAUUGGUGCAUUCGAUCCGUUGAUGAAUAUUAUCUGCCACGAUUUUCGACAGUGCAGCAUUCUAUCAGGAUGUCAACCUUAAGGGGGGGUUCGGUCUGGUGUCGUGGGCCCUGAGCUGGGUGUACCUUGCAGCAGAUUCCAACUGGACCAGCGCCGGCUGUUCAGCCUGUCUAUAUAAAAAUCGUGCUAGUCACUUACUGGCCUACUUGCUAUCAUCAGUGCUAUGCACUCAAACGCCCUCUGUGUCCGAUUAGGCGCUCUAUUAUUAAUAAAGCGCGAGCUUGUUCCGAAUUUGUUUCCGCUCGUCUUUGAUCUAUAAAUUCAUUCCACGGUAGAGGAUUAUGCUCAAGCCAGGAAAUGAUCAUCGCACCAGUUGUAGUCUGGACACCAGUCAUCUCACAUUUCCUGCAUUUCGUUCAGUAAAUCGAAUUAUGGGAGAUCAUACGGAACCCGGUCUUCUCAUGUCUAAUUUUAUAGUCUCACGUGCUUUGUGACCACGCGCGUUAGUCACAUAGACAGUCACCAUAGGUUCUUUCCUCAUUUCAGGGUUCUUGAAGUGUGAAGGUUGAAGGCUGCCCUCACCUGCGCGUAAUAUCCUGAAGAUGGCUGCCCCUACACCCUUGAAUGUGAUAAAUCUUUCGUCGCAAUCUCCUGAUGCGAAUGGUCGCCAGUUCUCGGUUGGUGACGAUGCCUUUUCAGACUCGGAAGUGGAGGCAGAUGCCAACGUGGCUGAGGUCAAACCGUUGAUUUCCCCAUCCAAAAACAUCGCGCACGACCUGGAAGCUCUUGUGCAGGACGGAUUUCACUUUAACGGAGCCUUCGCAUUCUCGGAGCGUGAGCGAGAUGCACUUGCUAUAAUCGCCACGUCCGCAAGCAUUCCCGUUUCGAGGAUAGAUCCCAGACCUUCAGGAGGCUACGAGAUUGCCGGUGAAAAAGUACGGUUUGACAACCCGGCGUGGCCGACGUGGCUCCAAGUUACUGCGGGAUCGGCUGCGACAGUUGCACUCACGACGUAUCAUCAUUUGCGACCGAAUUUCGUUCUCAAGAAACUUGUUGUGCACGGACCUAGCGCCCACACCACGCGACACAGAGAGUCUGCUCACAAUGAGAAUUCCAACCUCAAAAUUGGCGAUUUGAUUGUUGUUCUCCCCGGUGCUUUCGAGGGUGCUGAGCUGCAACUCCGGCAUGGCAGCCAGAAGAAAGUCUUGAAUUUGUCGCAUCAGAGCGGUCUCACCACCUCAGUCGUGGCAGCUUAUACAGGUGUAGAGCACACACUGGCCGGAGUCACCUCGGGCUAUCGCACGACGCUCCUGUACGACAUUGUCCCAGCAAUCACGGCAACCGCCUUUCGACCCAUUCUUCCUGAAAUGCAUGGUUCCAUUCAGAGACUGCGUAAUAUUCUUCUUUCCUGGCAGCAGAACCGGGCACAAAAUCUCGAGGACUGCGAGGCUUCUGGCGAAAAUGACGCGAAUCCCGGCCAAAUAGCAUGUCUUCUUCGGCAUCGAUACAAGAAUGAGCCCGGCUUCAGCUCUAAGUCCCUAAAAGGUGCUGAUGCACUUCUCGUAGCCCACCUUCGACCGUUAGCCAAGGAUCUCCGCUUCCGCUUAUUCAUCGCACACUAUCGGGUGACUAUGCACAUCAGUGUCAGCCGGAAUUCGUAUCAGAAAGGUUACGGCUGGAAGCGGCGCUCUUACCACUCUUACUCCGACGAAGGCGACGAUGCCGACUUGGGCGUAUUCGAAGAGGGCGGUGUCGACGAAAUUGAAUCUCACCUACUGGGUGUCGCAGAUCUGCAAGGGAUGCCUGUCUCGAUCGGAGGACUUGAAAAAUUCUUCUAUCGACCCGAUAACAUCAUCAACGGCGGAGACAAGCUGGGGGAGGACGAGCCAGAUUCUUCGGAUUUCGAAAGACUUGAUCGUGUGAGUGCAGACCGGACGAAUUACUUCAAUCGUACGGCUCUUGUCAUCCUUCCCCCGGGCACCGAACCAAAGGUCAGCAUUGGGAACAUCUACGACUUUGCCUGCACCACAUUAGAGGCGUCGUUCUCUGCGGCUCCCACUGCGUACGAAAAGAGAUUGAUCGACAAUCUUCUGCUGUGUUGUACGAAGCACCGACAGGAGGACCAAUUCGAAAGGGUCGUUCGGGUCGUCCGGGAGGCUGCCGACCGGUGGGAUGAUGUUGGCCUCUUGAUUAGGGCUCUGACGGUAUGCGACGUUGAUAAGAAUACAAGCCUGUUGGGCGUCGAAGGCUUCGUGUCGUGCUAUCAAGCUUUCGGAUGGGAUGGGGUCGGAGCCUUUAUCAGCAAGGCCGCCACCAAUGACACGUCAAAUACUCGACGGCAAGCUCUUAUUUCUCGGUUGGCGCGCAUGGGAGAGGAGGAGGAGGAGAAUCUGGUCAUCACUUGGUGCCAAGUACAGACCGAUCUCAGUCUUCGGUCGCUCAGCAAGAUGGAUGCUAGUCAGAUCCCGUGGCUAUCCGAAGUAGCCCUUUCCAGAGGCGGGGCCUUCCUUCGAGAUGUGAUCUUCCCUCAACUUGAGAAGCAGGACCUGGACAAGUCGUUUUGGGUACCGUUUAUACCGCAUCUGCAACGUGGCAUCGAGGCAGAUUCGGAUUCGCGCGGCAUUAUCACCCAGUUGAUCAACCGCUGUGUCUCCGAGCUCGUUCGCAACUUGCCUGCGUUUCCCAUCAAGUCUAUCGCAGCCGUUUGUUCUUACAUGGCCAGACGGGAGGACAAAGCCGCGAGCGAAAUCCUGGAGGUUGUCAAGCUGUGCGUAGAUAUGGGCUGCGAUGAUUUAUGCACGGGCAUCUUCGACAAGAUGCGCGAGGCUGCGACCAAGGGCGAAUACAACCUGACCUUUCCGCCGUGGAUGUACUAUUCCGAGUUAUCCGGCCCGAUGAUCACUCUGCUGGAUAGCCGUCCUCAGCUACGCCCCAUCAUGCUUUCUUUCUUUGCCGGUCUCGUCGACAGCAUGAUUUCUGGUGCCCGCUCGGUGAAUGGGAAGGCUGUGACCCCAUGUCCGUUGACCGAUGCACACAAGGCUGUCAUAAUCGCUGCUGUUCGCAAAGCGGGCGGCUUGGAGUUUCUUCAGCCACGCGUCACUCCGGCUCUUUUGACAGGACAGGACAGUAGUACGCUCCAAGAACUAAUCCGAUUCAUCAUCAAGGAACGCCUGCCCUUGAAAACGCAGUCCGAAAAGGAAGCUCACGGGAGGAUCAUCAUUACCAUCGUCCGGAUGGCCAUCAAGAGCGCUAAUUUAUAUCCGCAACCUCUGACACACUACUCCUAUUAUGCAUCGUCCAACAAUCCGGUGGAAACCGCGAUGUCACUUGUCAAGCUCUGUUUCGAAACAGGUGCUCGGGUCGUAUGCAAAGACUUGUUCCAGCGUUUGUUGGCGCCACCCACCAAGACGACGAUCGCCGAGCACACGUCCGAAGUGCUUGUGCCCUUUCUUCGGAAUCUCAAGACUUAUCUACGUGAUCAGAAAGUGUCAAUGGAGUCCGGGCACCAUCUCAGCUUUGCGAUUAGCGUUUUGCGACUCUUUGCCGAGCACACCAUGACGGAAAAGCCCGUGGAGACCGUGUCGGUCGCCAGACUUUCCGCCAUCGGCUGUACAGCCUGUCACGAAUGCCGGGAAUUGAAGGCGUUUUUCUUGAGCGACCGAACAACAAUUUCGUUUGCACGGGUCCAAGCCAUAAGGAAGCAUCUCGAAAAGCAGCUCUAUGUGACUGGAGCGUGGGGUGUGACAUGGGACACGAUCCGGGUUCGCAGUCCCCAUGCACUGAAGAUUGAUAAACCCCCGUCGAUGACUGCCCUCGGGCCCUGGAAUGCCAAUAGCGAACAAGGCCAAGCCGCUCUCGCUGUUCUUGGGGAUGCCGCAGCCCAAGAAAGACUACUGGGUGCGGACUACGCAUGGAUUUAUGGUCGCAUCCACGGCACGUAUAAUGGACCUGUCCCAGUUGCCAGUGCUGCAACGAAGCGUCCGGCCGAUGAUCCUGCUGGUGCCCUCAAAAAGAAAGCGAAGACUGCUUAGGCCAAUGACAUUCACUAAUACCACUUCUUGAUAAUCUUACCCAGUACAUCCCCG